UAUAUUCAUACGUGAAAUUCUUGUAUCUUGUGGAUAAAAGUUGUGGCGGAGAUUUAAAAAAAUUCAAGUAAAAACCUAUUUAUAAAUAAUUUGUUGCUUGUUACAUUCGUGAAAAUAUGUCUCAUUAUAAGUUCAUCCUCAUUCAAUAAAAUCAAAAGCAAUAUCUAAGGCGAGUCAAAACUUUGUUUAUUUAUAAAAAAUACAUAUAUAAAAACCAGAUUGCAGUUACCUACUCCAUUACCAUUAGAAAUCGAGGACGGCAAUUUGUUUGAGUGCAAAGAAAAAAUCGAAUUCGAAUCAUAUACUGCCAAAUUUCAGCUUGGGAUUGGAUUGAAAGGGCGACGCAAUUCCAAAUAGCAUGGCUUUGAAUAUGGCUGUUCCCUUACCCGGUAUUGGAGGCAUAUCGUCAAUGUCUCCAAUCAGAAUGGAGUGCUGGGAUAAUUUAAAAAUGAUGGUAUCACCAAUUGGAAGUGAAUCCAGCGGUGUUAGUUCCUUGGAUUCAGAAGAUAUAAAGAUUACACCGACAGCACAAAAACGACCAGAAGCAGUUAAACGGGAAUUACGAAUUUACUACAAUGGCCGUAAUGUUUUAGAUCUUUAUAACAACUUGGAAACAAACUCAUCGACCUGGAAUUUUCGGUACUCUCAUCUGCCUGAAAAGAAUAAUAUAUCUAUGUUUUGGGCCAAUCGAUCGCUAUAUAAUCGACUAGGACCAAAUGGUCUCACUCCUGUUUACACGAUAAGCAAAUGCGAAUGCUGUGAUUUUCAAUUUACAAGUGAUUGUCCUAAUAGUUACUUAAGUGAAACAUCUCUUGUUUUGUCUUCUACUACAUCAUCCCCAAUGAUGUUUACGACCGCUUCUUCCACUAAAAGGGCGGAAUUUCGUCCACCAAAAGCGGCUUUGUCUGUUACACCAACAUUAAAUUUGUCAUCUGGUUUUAAACAUCAUCAUCAACAACAACAACAACAACUUAGAGAACACAAAAAUUGUCCCGAACCUACUAUAAAUAAACAAUUCAUCAAUCAAAAUAAACCUAAGAUAAGUGACAUGUUUUCCACUAAAAACAACGGACUUUUCGGCGCAAACAACAACAAUAACAAUGGUUAUUUUAACAAUAUAAAUAAAUUCAACAAUGGUAUUUGUAGCACUAAAACUAUGGCAACAACUGAUUUAUCACAGUUAGCAUCCAAUCUAGUUUCCAUGAAUUUUUCUAAUUCUACCUCUUAUACACCCCCAUUAAUAAAUUAUGGUAAUAAUGUCGUCCAUAACAAUGAUUACAAUGAAACAAUGUUGUCAAAGAACUCUAAAUCUAAUGUACCUAUGCCUACUACAAACUUAUUUAAUAAUAGUUCAAUUAAUUUAGCAAACUUAAAUACUCCUGUUGCAAGUGCAAAUUAUAGUUUUCAAGAUAACAAUAUUUUUCCAAACAAUAUUCAUCCUAAUCAAAUUCAUUCAGGUAACUCUGUCGGCAAUAAAUCUCAAUCAUCUUCAUCAAAUAAUUUGUUUUCGCUUUUUAACUCCAACAACAACAAUAAUAACAAUAACACAAACAAUUCAGUCAAUAAUGCAUUCAGUGCCAACGUCGAAAGCAACACUUUCAUAAAUUCUUUUAACAAUCCAAUAAAUAAUAAUAAUAGGAACAAUAUUGGAAACAAUCCUCUAACAGUGAACUCUCAAAAUUACGGAAGAAUGUACAAAUAUUUUUAAGACCAAUUCGUGGCGUUCUAAAAAAACGCAUUUGUCCAUAAACUGAUAUUAAAGAAUUAAUUAUAAAUGAUGUUUUAUAAGAAUUUAAAUAUUACACAACUGAUAUCACAUUCGUGUCCUAAGUUUUUUUUUUAAGAUAAACUAUAUAAAUGUACAUAAGAAUGUGUUUACGAUCACAUGAUCUAUGUUUAGCUCAGAAAGUGAAGAAAUAAAUUGUAAUAAUGUUCCGUUUAUAGAAUUAGUCACACUAAUUCUGACACUGAAGAACGGUACAUUAACCAACUGUUUAUUUUAUAUUUUUUAAUUAAUAUUUUGAUGCUUUUUGCCAUUAGUUAAGUACAUAAGUGUAUAACGCAUCGAUUAAAACAAAACAAAUUAAGGCUUUUAGCGAGGUGUUAUGUUUCUUAAAUGUGAUAGUUAUUUUUCCAAUACCAAAAGUAAAUUGUAUAAUUUUGAAAGACUUUUAAAUUUAAAACUCUAAAACAAAAAUCACAAACUAUGUUAUUUAUUAUAUGUAUUUUUAUGAAGGGAAUUAAAAAGAACUUAUUUUCCGAUUACCGUCCUUAACAAUUAUAUUGUAGGUAUACAAUAUUUAUCUAUCACUUCAUUGCCCCACCAUGUGAUUGCCAUUGUUUUUGAGAUUUGUAAUGUAGAACCGUUUUACUUACUAAGCAAGAACAGAAAGUAGGUACCUACAGGUAUUAUUUUAUAAGGUCAGAAUAUCUAAUGAAUUGAAUUUUUUGUUUUGCUUUUUGUUUACUUAAAUCAAUAAUUCACAUUUAAAAUGGUUGAGUCAUUGAGUCAUUUAAAUGCAUAAUAGUACUUAUUAAUUAUCAAUCGCACAAUUCAAUUUAAAACAAUUAAAACAAAAUAUAUUUUAUGUUUAAAUUCUCUUAUAAGACAAAUGACACAACUUUACUGUUAGUUUCAAACAUUUAAUUAGAAAAUUGAAAUUAUAGAUGAUCGAUCGAGAGGAGAACAUAAUUUUCUCCUAAGUAACAAAAAGUCAAACGAAUACUUUGCCUAAACAGGGCUAAAGAAUGUACUUGUUCUAAAUCUUUCAUAGCUAAUUACUCUCAGUAACAUGUGCACCAGUAAUGAUAUUAAAUAUCGUCAAACUAACAAGUUAUGAAUGUAAAAUCAAGAAUUAACACCAAAAGCCAAGAAAGAUGUUAGUGGAAUGGUAUGAAGUGGUGGAACUAAAAUCAAAUUUUUCACAUUAGUUAUCGGCUGUACUCUAGGCAUACAUUUAAAUAUCGUUUUAGCCAGUGACAUAAUUUAUCCGUUGUUUAUAUCAAAUCUGCCAUAUUUUAAUUAAAUUAGUAGGUAUGUGUUACUCUUAUGACAUGAAAUGGCUAAAGAAUGAUAGAAACUACAAAAUUUUACUUGCAAGAAAACUCCCUACCGCCACCGAUUAACAAUUUCUUAUCAAAUUACAUAUUUUGUAUGCAUUUUGAUUUUUAUCCAAAACUUCCUCAAAUUCGUACAUUUUUCCAUUUAACAGAUUAUGUUGUUUGAAUAAAACUAUUUAUGUAUAAGCUAGAAUGAUUGUGAAAGGCCUAAUAUAGUAAAGAAUAUUGCGGAACUGACCCACUACCAUAUUGUUGGUAACGACACAUAAAUCAAGAACUUUUGCUUUGCUUUAGUUUUAUUAAGAAACAAAUAAAUUGACCAAAUGGGCUUUGCCGCUAAAAAUUCACAACGAAACACACAAAACUUUAAAUAAUAAUAAAAAAAAAUCUAACUAAGUUAAUCUCCUACUAGAACUUGUUUUUAUUAAUUUAACUUUAUUUUUUGAGUUUCGAUUUAACAAGAAUUUCGACAAUGUGGUAACCAUCUUUGCUCAUUCUCGUAAUUGAUUGUUCGAAAUUUAUCAAUCUACGAGAUCUUAUCUCCGUUUAAAUUUAAAAGUUGCUUUCAAAAAGAAAAUAUUUUACUAUAUAAAUACAUUAAAUAUAAAUAAUCGGAAAGCACCGAAGCAAUGAAUAUGUACCUAAGUAUUAAAUUUAAUGAUAUAGUUCAAAACAAAUUAAAAACUUAACAGCCAAUCAGAACAUUAUAUUAAUUAUGUAUCUUCUUUACUAGUUUAAGGCAUGAAGUUGGUUUUUAAAUUAAAUUCGUGUUGUUAUUGUUGUUUAUUUGUCGUGCUUUUUUAUACUUCUUUAUUUGUUUGAAGUGCCACUAGUUUGCAGGUUAUUUUGAAUUUUAUUUGAAAAUCAAAAAGAAAAACUAUAAAAGCCUUUUAAAGCCAAAAUUAUAUAUAAUGUUCAUGCAUAUGUACUUGCACGUACAUAAAAUCUCCAAAUAUAAAAUAUUUGCAUUAAUAUACAUAUACUAAAUACUUAUGUGGUUGUUUGUAAGAAAUAAGAAUGAAAUCCCAAGUGCUUGUUGGCGUAAAUAAAUAAUGUGAAAAGUAGAAUUUAAGUAUAACAUAGUUAGCAAUUUAAAAUGCAAAGUAAUUACUCAGAACGUAAGAAAAUCGCAAACACAUGGCUUUUUGAUAAUAUGGAAUCCAAAAAAGUGAAAUGUUUGCAUAUUAUUCCCGUAUUAUACAGUUCUGAGUAUGUAAUCAUAUUCAUUUGAUGAAAAAGUUAUUUUGUCCGUAACAACAAUGCCCAGAUUUAUUUUCAUUAAAAUUCCCUACAGGCCUGCAGGCCAGUUGAAUAUCCAAUUUUUUUUUUAGAUUUUGGACUAAGUAAUAUUUCUUUUAAAAACACAAAAAUCUCCAAGAAAGAAGGACUUGGUCUUUACUAUGAUCAAAUUAUUAAAAUACAUUAUCUGUUACGUUAUGGACUACUAAAAAAUUAAUGAUGUAUGUUACCUUUAUUCGUGGGUCGUUGAAUCAAUUGAGACUUAUUAUGAUACAAAAUAUUAUUAGUUAGAAUAUGAAAGUAUGUAAAUCAAUACAUAUGGCAUUAAACUAUUUAUCAUUUAAUUUUAUUCAUCUUUAUGUACCUCCUAAAAUUAAGUAUUUAAGAAUAAACAGAUUGGCUCAGAGUGUUUUCAUAAAUAGUAACACACAUAAUAAUGAAGAUGAUAUCAACAUACAAGAAAAAAAUGUUUGGUUAAAAAUUUAUAAUUGUUACUUUAAAGCCAAAUUAAUAUUUCUAGUUUUUUUUUUUAUUUUAAGGACUAUUUACAUUUACAAGUUAAAAAGUAAAAGUAGGCUGUUUUUGGAGUAAUUUAAAACAUACAACAAAACAAAUUUUGUUUAACUUUAUUUUCUAAUUUAAUGUUAUUUCAUUAAGUUUAACAAAACACAAACAUAUUGCCAAAUCAAUAUCUAUCUUAAAUUUAAACAAAUAAUGAAUAUCAAAUAGAAAAAGUUAUAUUAUCUUAUCUCGUUUUUGCAAAUAAAAAAAAGUCUGUCGUGUUUUCUAUCAU